GGCUGUGCUGUUACCUAAUUAUAACAGGGAAGAGCCAGAAUGAGACUCCAUUGAAAACAACCCGAACUACAGUAUCCUCAUCCUGUAAUAAAUCUUAAAGGACACGAUCAACGGUACAGCAAGAAAAAAAAAAGCAAGCCACUGUACAGUUAGUGUCACUGUUGGAGACUUAGAUUAAAUCAAGUCGUGUAAAGUCAGGAUUUUGCAGAGCAGCAACACUGCAUCCGAAACAGAAAGCUAUAUUAUGAGUGAAUUUGCAUGAGGGGAUGAUUCAAUGGUGUUAUGUAAUUGCUAACACAGUGUAAUAGGAUACACAGCUCUAACUUUACACAAAUAUGGAAGAUAAGUUUGGAUACUGCAGCAGUUCAAUACGGAUGUGUCUGUUUCCCCCAAAUCCGUGUAGAAACUGGAGUGGGUGAUGUCAUGUUUUUACGGUAAGGAAGGAAUAGUUUACGGGAAGGUAGGUCUGGAGUUGGUGAUGUCGCAAUCGCCUUGUGUUGAUCUCGGUUUCAGGUUUAUAAAUGCAUGAAAAAGGCGGUGGAUCGCGUGCGUGGGUGUGAUAUGUAACGCGAGGUUGUGAUAUUGUAGCGAUUCAGGGUUAAAUCGCGGGUAGUUGGGUGAAAUGCGUGCUCGCUGGCGUUGGAGGAAGGAGUGUCGCAUUUUCUUUCUGAAAUGUCAUGUGGUUAAGUUGUGGCGGGUUCUCCACUAUUUCCAGGAAGAGCGUUUGAAUUUUCUUCUUUGGGAUUUUUUUUUCUGUCUCCACCCCUCUUGCUGUUCAUGUAGCACUUCAGGAUUUGUGCCGCUUGAUGGCGCCACAGCACUGUAAAUGAGCCAGGCGUGCAUGGGAGAAAUGUUUUGCUCAAGAGAACUUCAGCAGGGUUUUAGUAUUGAACAAAUAGGUCAAAACCAAAAGUAAUCCAACAGCUGGCACCGUUUAUCUUUGCCUUUUAAUACUUGGCAGAGGAGUAAAAUUGACUUCCACUACAGAAAAGAGUGUGCUUACUGAAGCACUCAUCCACUUUUUGCUGCCAGUCCAUCCAGAGGUGUCAGAGGUCAAGUUUCAGCCACACACUAGCAGCCCUGGAGCAGAGAAACACUGAGGAACAUGGCCAAGCAUUGUCGUGCUUUCUUUCAAGAACCACCAGCUCCUGACUGAAGCCAUAAAUAAGAGGUCUGAAGAUGUGACUGACUGGGUGUCCUAGCAAGAAUAUGUGAGAUCACCGGCGUAGCCAGUGGAGUUGGACGCCGCAACCUGGGAAUGGAAAACACUCCACAGUGAUGGGGAGCCAUCUGCUGCACGCAUGCAAGAACUCACCUGCUCAGGUAAAAGCUAUAUCUGGCCCAUCCAGUUACAGUCAGUACACACCCAGAGUGUGCUCAGCAGUGGCAGGAGGUGGGAGGUGUCAUGGUGGCCUGCUGAAAGAGACGGACUGCAUUACCCAUGAGUACCAGUGUUGAGGAGACCCCAGAGAGAUGAUUGGCAGCAGAAGCUGAGCCUUAACACAACUGUGAAUCAAUAACUUGGUGCUACUCUAAAAGCCAUUAGGCUUUUAGGUUCUCGGUGCUGAGGACAGAGGAGUCGGACAGUACAGAUAUUCUCAGUGUUGGAGUGAGGCCCUCUCUGUGCUGCAGUGGAGGGCUUCACAGACACAGCUAGUCUGGCUGGAUGCAUCACGCAGUAGAGCAGUUUGGCGGGCGUGGCACACGGGAUUCCUUCCCUCUGGAUGGACUCAACCGGGGACCAUGGCCUCCCGUGGGCGGCCGCGCCUGGCAGCCACCUGCCAGGUGUUCGCCUGGAAUGAACCAACACCAGCUCCUUCCCCAUCUACCUCCUGGUCCUAUGGGCGGACUGAACCAUCCCAGUAAAUUCUUUAGUAAUGGGCCCAUGCGAGGAGGUGAGAAGCUUGAGCUCCCUCAGCCAAUGUUACCAGGUCUGCAGAGGGAGCAGCAGAGACCUCCUCCUCAUCAUCAUCUUCAUCCUCCACCUCCCCACAGAGCCUGGGAGCAACUAGGCCAGCUGUAUGAAUCCCACCUUCCUCCUCAAGGACAUUCUGUUGUGCCCCUGCCCAAUGAGCACUCACUGCGUCUCCAUAAUGGAGGCUAUGCAGGCAGCGGCGGACCUCCCCCCAACCCACAUCUUCCCCCCAGCAGGCCCAACCAACUGCUGAAGUUUGGGGGUCCUCAGGAGUCGCUUGUUCCCAGGGGUCCACAAUUGCUGGGAGAUGAGAUGUGGGCUCAGGUGCACCAGCAGAGGGGCUACCCUGGAAAGAUGCAAGGGGGUCAGCUGAAGAGACCGGGCCCUCCACUGGGGGAGCACUCUGUCAUCCAGCACACUCCUCUGCCAUCCCUGCACCCGUCCUCCCGCCCAGCUGCAGAGGACUCUCCCAGCCCCAGCAAGAGGAAAAAGAGUUCAGAUCAGGUGUCCCAUCCUGGGCAGCAGCGUUUCUCUGGCCCAGGCCAGUCUUUGUUAUCGCAGCAUCAGUCAUCAGUCCACCACCUCCCUCCAAAACCGGCCUUCUGGAACCCCCUUCACAAGGACAACACUCCCUGGCAGCCUCAGACCGCUGACCGCAAGAAUCCACCGUCGCAGGAGUUCCAGGUCCGAACGGAAACCCAUAAACAAGGAAUGGGCAGCUACACCCAAAAGUCCUCUCCUGUCUCUUCUACUCCUUCGACCCUCUCUCCUCCACCGAAUUCCUCUCCUGGUAGCUACAACCAUGGAUGUGCUACUCAGCUACAGAAAGACACGUUCCAACCUCAGGCUGUAAACCAGCAGUCCCCUCACUCCUCCUACCCCAGCCCCAGCUCCAAACUGGGGCUAGCUCCACCCUGCCAGGCCAUGGAGCCUCGUGGUCUUCACAACCAGAGAGGCCCUCUCAUCGGGGGCCAAGGUGGCAGCCGAGCUACCUCUCACACGGCAUCUACCCCAACCAGGGGAGACAGAGAUCAACACCUACAUGCCCAGUCGUCACCAGCAAACCCUCCUGCAUCCAGCAACAACAAGAGCAGCAGCAGCAGCCGUGUGCCUUACAGCCACUUCCAGCCUCAUCCAGGGCUGGGGCACCAGGGUCCCCCUCCUCCUCCUCCUCCACCUCCUCCUGCCAGCAACACCACAGUACCUCAGCAAAGUGGGCCCCAUGAGGCCUGGAGAUACCAGAGCAGGCCCAGCAGUCACUCCCUGGAUUCGGGCAUCUACAGGCCUCCAGGACUGCUACCUCAGCGCCAGCAGAGCCACAUUCAGGUCGUGGAUAGUCAGGUUCCAGUUCCCUCCCAGCAUCACCCUCACAUCAGCCCUACUCUGCCCCCAACCAACUCCACCCGUACCCCUGUCAUCACCCCCAAUCUUCCCAUGUCCCAGUCCUCCUGCUCCAUCGGCGGCUAUAGCAACAGCAGCAGAUCUGGUGGUGUAACUGCGGCUGGUGUCUCCACGGUAACCACAUCACCCCCUGCUGGUUGCUGUGUGAACAAUGGCAGCAGUAAUAACAGUUGGCAGAGAGGAAGAGAGCCAGCGCUCGAAAGCUCCACCAGCACCGUCACUAGACCCACCUCUCAGCUGGAUGCCCUGCUGCAGCCUGGCUGUCAGAGAGGCCAAGCUGCCAAUCAGCCUCACCAACAGGGACUGCCCAGACCACAACAACAUGGACCCAACAAGUCCCAGCCCACAAAGGGGAAGACAUCAUACUGUUCUCAGGCUGAACUGGGGCAAACUCCUGCAUUCUCCUCCUCCUCCUCAUCAUCAUCAUCGUCAUCUUUCUUCUCCUCAGGGCACCAGAGGGCAGGAGACAGUGUAAUUACAAGCAGAGUUUCAAAUCCUCUUCCAAGGUCUCCUCCUGCAUACUAUCCAGCUUCUCGCUCCACCGUCAACUCUGCCUCUCAGCCAUCCAAUCCAGCCCUCUCCUCCAGACUGGGUCAUCAGCCAGACUCUGGCUCGACCCGGGCUUACUCUCAGCAACAGAUUCGUCCACCAGCCCCAACCUCUGUCCCCCAGUCCAUUGAAGAGGCUCUAGACAAGCUUGAUGCUGAGCUAGAGGGACACAUGCAAGCUGAGGAAAGAAGGAAGAGGGACAGAGAGGAAGAAGAGAGAAGAAUGAGAGAAGAGGAGAGGCGGAAGAAAGAAUGGGAAAUGAGACAAAAGCAGGAGGAGGAGAGGAAGAGGAAAGAGCUGGAAAAGAAGAAGAAGGAGGAGGAGGAGAGAAAAAAGAGAGAAUUGGAGAGACAGGAGGAGGAGAGGAGGAGGAGCGAAUGGGAGAGGCAGGAGCAGGAGAGAAAGAAGAGGCAAGAAGAAGAGAGGAAGAGGAGAGAAGCGGAGAAGCUGGAGGAGGAGAGGAAAAGAAGAGAAUGGGAGAGACAGGAGGAGGAGAGGAAAAGGAGAGAGUGGGAGAGACAUGAGGAGGAGAGGAAAAGAAGAGAAUGGGAGAGACAGGAGGAGGAGAGGAAAAGAAGAGAAUGGGAGAGACAGGAGGAGGAGAGGAAAAGGAGAGAAUGGGAGAAAAAGGAGCGGGAAAGGAAGAAGAGAGAAUGGGAGAGGCAAGAGGAGGAAGAGAGGAGGAGGGAAGCAGAGAGGCAGGAACAGGAGAGAAAGAAGAGAGAGCUGGAGAGGCAGGAGAAAGAAAAGAAAAAACAAAAAGAGUUGGAGAGGAAAGAGGAGGAGAAGAGGAGGAUGGAGAGGAAGAGGGAGGAGGAACUGUGCAGUACAAAAGGCAAAGAGCAGACUGCUAUUGAGAAUCUGGAGAAACUGCUCUCUGGCAACACUUCCCCAACACCCCCACCUCCACGCCUCUCUUCUGUUACUGCGCCUCCUUCUGGUCCACCGCCCCCCAGCUCCCAGGCUUCACCCCCAUUCCCCUGGCUAAGCCGUGGCGGGGUUCUCCCCUGUCCCCCAGGCCAGACGCCCAACACCACUACUCCUCUAGAAAGACUGCGGCCGCCUCCUCUCACACCUCAGACUGAGUAUGCCAGAGAAAAGCAGAGGCAGAGAGAGAUGUGGAGCAACAAUGGCGGAACGACAUUCAGUCCCUCAUCAACACACAAUACCUCAGGGAUGAGCCAGCCGGUAUACCCCAACAAGCCCCCGGCAAUGCAAGCCGCACCCAACCAAUCCAAAGACUCAGCCAGGGAGAGAGACAGCAGCCAACACUCUCUCCCCACCAUGGCACUUAGAGAGCCCCCCAAACUGUAUCAGGCUUUUCCCAGAGAAAACCUGCCGCCACCACCUCUAUCUACCAACUCCAGCUCCACAGGGGGAAUCCUCCAGAAGAGGGUGACAGGAAGUGGGUUGGAAAAUGCCAGCAGCUGUGGCACUGACUCUGACAGUGCUCAGUUUGAGGAGGAGCCCUCCGAGUUGUCCACACUACUCCCUGAUGGUCUGGCUAACAUUAUGGCUAUGCUGGAUGAAUCUAUCCAAAAGGAAGAAGAGAUGUAUAACAAUGAAAAGACUGGGUCCACAGGUCUUCUUGACAACUUUUCUCCUAGUGUUCAACCUAUUAAGAGCUACCUGUGUGCCCCAGACCUCAUCCCAGCACUGAAGCAUCAGCCAAACCAGGAAGACUUUGGGUCCAACCCCCAUGCUAGCCCUCCUGUGCUCAGCCGCCAAGGCUCUCUGGCAUCCCCUUGCAGCCGGACAUCUUCUCUCAAUGAGGAGGAUGAGGACUGCUUUAAACCUUCUGCAAAUGUCCCCCUGAACCCUAAACAGUCAAUGGACAUGGGGAUGGGAGCAGGGAACACCAACUACCGCCAUAGUGACCUGGCUAAACUUUAUGGCCUCCCCGAGCAGACUAAAAGUGAGGCUGACGAGGAUGAUGAUGAAGAGGAUUCCGAGACCCCGUCUUGUUCUCCACCACCCCAAAGACCCCACCUGCACCAAACAGGUGUUAACAGCAUGUUCAAGUCUCUAGCAACAGUCCUAGGGAGCCAGAAGUAUGCUUACCGUGGCGGGCCUUUUGGGAGACCCCCUCCAUCAGCUUUGGUUGGGGUCAAAUAUUCCUCUUCACUGUCACUGGGCCCUGAUAUCUACCGCCAGCAGCAAGGCAGCUCUCCCACGUCAGAUUCAACCAAUCCACCAUUCAGUCCAGCUGCUCCUUCUCAAAAGUCCUCCCCUCCUCAGCUGGAAGAUAAGAAACUAAAAAUAGAGGAUGCUGAUGUCUGGAGAGAUGAUGGAAUAACAACAGAGGAAAGGACCAAAAAGGAGGGUAUUCCUACCAUAAAGCCUAUUAAGGUGAUCAAGGAGGAGCAGCGGUUGACAACCAUCUCUGAGUCUUCUCUGGCAGAGUUGGGCAAGAGCUGCGAGGUCACGCUUAGUCGACAGUCACUUCCUAGCAAGAACUCCCUGGAUAGUCCCGAUGGCCAUGGCAAAGUAGAGGACAGACACAAAUCUGAGAAAGUAAAAGAACACAGAGAAAAAGACCGAAACCGGAAUAGAGAGAGGGAGAAAGAAAAGAAGAGGAAGCACGGUCACAGCCACAGUAGCAGCAGGAAGCAUGAAGAUAGAAAAGAAAAGAAGAAGCAUAGAGAAAAGAGAGAGGAAAUGGCCUUUUCCUCUUCUUCAUCAUCGUCAUCUUCUUCCGCUCGUUCUAGCUCCAGCCACAAGCGUCACAAGGAUGGCAAGAGCCAUAAGGAGAAGAAGGAUCGUAGAAUUCUCGGAGACCUCAACCUUCAGCGCAAGGAGGGGUCUGAGAAGAAUCGGAGUCAUUAUGACUCUGAUAAAAAGAAACGUACAGAUGCAUCUGGUGCCAGCUCCACCAGUGAAGGGGAGCAUGCGGAAUGGACCUCAAGAAAUUCUGAAGAAAGAUCAUCUGAGCACAAAAAAGGCACUGAAUCUGGUUCCUCGCUAGGUUCCACAGACUUCUUAAAACUGAAGGCGCUGUCAGAUGGGCCACCCAAGGAGCUGAAGAUCCGUCUGAUCAAAGUCGAGAGCGGGGACAGGGAGACAUUCAUUGCCUCGGAGGUGGAGGAAAAGAGGAUCCCAUUGGAAGAAAUCAGCAUCAAGAACACUGCCAGUGAAAUCAUCAGGUCCUGCAAGGGUGCCAGAGUGAAAGGGAAGUUCAGAGAGUCUUACUUGCUCCCAGAGUUCUCUGUCAAGCCCAUUAUGAACACAGAGGAACCUAUUCCUAGAGAGAAACUCAAUCCUCCUACACCCAGCAUCUAUUUGGAGAGCAAGAGGGAUGCCUUCUCCCCUGUGCUGCUGCAGUUCUGUACAGACCCCAAGAAUCCUGUUACUGUCAUCAGAGGCCUGGCUGGAUCUCUACGACUCAACCUGGGGCUGUUUUCUACAAAGUCACUGGUGGAAGCCAAUGCAGAGCAGGCGGUGGAGGUGAGGACUCAGGUGCAGCAGCCUGCUGAUGAGAACUGGGACCCCAGUGGGACGGGUCAGACAUGGCCCUGUGAGAGCAGCCGCUCCCACACUACCAUUGCCAAGUACGCCCAGUACCAGGCAUCCAGCUUCCAGGAGAGUCUGCAGGAGGAGAAAGGCAGUGAUGAGGAGGACGAUGAAGAUGAUGAGAAGGAGAAGAAGCCAUCCAAUACUUCUGAUACACCCAGCAAGGACAACUCUAAAGAAAGUAGCAGUGGUGAGCAGAAACCAGUGGGAAAGAUCAUUAAAUUUGGAACCAACAUUGACCUCUCAGAUCCUAAGAGGUGGAAGCCCCAGCUACAAGAGUUGCAGAAGCUGCCGGCUUUUAUGCGUGUAGCAUCCAGCGGAAACAUGCUGAGCCAUGUCGGGCACACCAUCCUAGGCAUGAACACUGUCCAGCUCUACAUGAAGGUUCCAGGGAGCCGAACGCCAGGUCACCAGGAGAACAACAACUUUUGCUCGGUAAACAUCAACAUCGGCCCUGGAGACUGUGAGUGGUUCUCUGUCCAUGAGAACUACUGGCAUGCCAUCAGUGACUUCUGUGAAAAACAUGGGGUGGACUACCUGACAGGGUCCUGGUGGCCGGUGUUGGAGGACCUCUACAAGGCCAACAUCCCUGUGUACCGCUUCAUCCAGCGGCCGGGAGACUUGGUGUGGAUCAACGCUGGAACUGUUCACUGGGUUCAGGCCGUAGGCUGGUGCAACAACAUUGCCUGGAACGUUGGACCUCUCAGUGCUUACCAGUACCAGCUGGCCCUGGAGAGAUUUGAGUGGAACGAAGUUAAGAAGGUUAAAUCCAUAGUCCCGAUGAUUCAUGUGUCCUGGAAUGUGGCCCGCACUGUCAAGAUCACCGACCCAGAAACCUACAAGUUGAUCAAACACUGCCUGCUGCAGUCCAUGAAGCACAUCCAGAUCCUACGAGACCAACUGGUUGCUGCAGGCAAGAAGAUUUCCUAUCAGAGUCGGGUCAAAGACGAGCCUGCCUACUACUGCAAUGAGUGUGACGUGGAGGUGUUCAAUUUGUUGUUUGUGACAAGUGAGAACAAUAGCAGGAAGACAUAUGUGGUUCACUGUGAGGACUGUGCACGUCUGCGUACCCCCAACCUGACCAACGUAGUGGUGCUGGAGCAAUACUCCAUAGAGGAGCUCAUGAACGCAUACGACUCCUUCAACCAGGCCUCCUCCUCCCGGUGACAGAACUCCCCUCCUGCGUCUCCUCAGCCAUAACCAAAACUCCUGCAAGCCAGGACAAAAGACACAGUUUCACUUUGGUUUUCAACUUUCCCUUUCAUUAUUUAAGAUCAUUUUUGCUACUACUACUACUGCUAAUACUUGCCGAACAGCCAGUUGAAUACGUUUACUCAUCAUUACUGUUUACAAAAAGAAAUACCAAGCCGCCAAUAAAAUACCAGUUUACUUUCAAAUGGUGCUUUCAACCAGACACCCUGGCAACAGUUGAGAACCAGGGGGCAGUUGGUGCUGCCAUUGAACAAACUGUGGAGGGUAGUUGAUGGUUUCAAUGGCGUUCUGUCAGUACCAGAGAGAAAAAAAUUUUCUGUUGUUGUCUUGAAUACUGAAAUUUGUACAUGCUGUUUGCAAUUUUUGUGGGGUGCUGUCUUUUUUAAAAUAAUUGUUUUGUUUUUUCUAAACUAGAUCAGCCUAGAUAUAUACCACAUUGGCCUUGUCACUUGUAUUUAGAAAAGAGAAAAUGAAAAAUACUAAUAAUAGAGAUAUGAACAUUUUUCUAAAGCAUUAAGAAUUUUAAAAAAUACAAUUGUUUGGAAUGCUUCAAAACAUACGGGUUAUAAUGACUUUGGUUGUUUUGGGGGGGACUUCAUUUUGUCUUUCAGAAUCUUGUAUGUGUUGUAAAUCUUGUGUUUUUAUGAAUUAUACUUUUAUUUCUUCUGGAGAUUAAUAUUCAGUUGUCACACA